AUGGCAAGUGAUGAUACUACACCUUCACGUCCAUUGGGUCAAUCAAUAUCCGAUGAAGCACCUUCGAAUCGAGCUGAACAAAUCCCACUUCGAUUCUUUUCAAAUGGCUUUACUGUAGGUGAUGGUGAAUUACGUAAAUUUGAAGAUAAUAAAGAAUUUAUGGCCUAUAUUAAACGUGGUGAAGUACCACCUGAACUUAGAAAUUUAACUUCAGGCGGAAAACAGAUUGAAGUACGUCUUGAAGAUCAUCGAGAAGAAGAAUAUAAACCGGUAGCAUCUCAAUUUAAACCAUUCGGAGGUGCUGGAUAUAUGCUUGGCUCACCAGCACCUACUGUAGUUACUCCAUCAAAAACUACACGAGAUUCUCCAUUUCAAUCAUCUGUUACAACAACUAGUGGUGCAACAUUAGCAUCUAGUGAUACAAGUGAUUUAGAAAAACGUGCUGAACAACAAUUGAAAUCAUCUUCGUCAUCAACUACUAUACGUCUUCGUUUACCUGAUGUAUCAACACCAAUACGAAUUGCAAUUGAUCUUAAUCGAACAUUAGCUGAUAUACGUAAAUUUCUUAAUGAAAAUGUACCUUCACUUCAGUCGAAUCAAUUUCAAUUUAUUGAACCACCAUCAACCAAAAUAAAACAUGAAGAUGAAACGAAAACAAUAAGUGAAGCAAAAUUAACAAAUGCUACACUUGCCAUUCGUCGAGGUUCUUAA